AUGUACACCAACAAAAAUAUAAGAUUGCCACCAGAAGUAAAUAGAGUAGUUUAUGUAAGAAACCUUCCAUAUAAAAUAACAGCCGAAGAGUUGUAUGAUGUAUUUGGAAAUUAUGGUCCAAUCAGACAAAUAAGAAAAGGAGUUGUAGGCGAUAAAAAAGGAACAGCAUUUGUAAUUUAUGAUGAUAUUUUUGAUGCGAAAACUGCUGUAGAACAUUUAAAUGGUUUUAAUGUUGGUGGAAGAUAUUUAAUUGUUUUAUAUUACUAACCUCAUAAAUUAUAUAAGAAAACAGAUUUAAAUAAAAAGUAAGAAGAAAUUGAUAGGCUUAAAAAUGCCUAAUAAUGA